CCCUAACCCUUGACAUCGAGUCUUUCCCUCAACUUGAGGCUCAGAAAGUUCUGAUCCACACCGAGCAGUUACUAACGCGUAAUAAGUCCCCGGGUGAUAUGAAGGCGCAUAGAAAUGUCUCCGAGAAAGCAACAGAGUCACUUGAAUUCCUCUCACUUGAGCUAAUCUGCAGUCAAUCUCAUCUUGAUCUGCUUCUAACCUCACAUAUCCGCGCCUUCCUCAACCCCCUGUCUUCUUUAUCCCAACCUCAGGACAACAGUCAUCAGGACAUCCAGCCAGCAGGGUACACACCGCAACCACCGUCACCACCACCACCACCAACCAGCCCUAAAUACUAAUAAUAAGUCACGAUGUCAAUCUUCCUCACCGUCCUCUCCUACCUCCCCCCGCCCCUGGCAGCCUUCCUCGAUCCAUGGCACUUCAUGGGCCUAGCCCUGUCCUUCCUGCCCUCCACCAUCCUCUCGUGCCUCCUAUCGCGGGACCUCCGCACCCUCUUCUCCUGGCAUCGCCUCCGCGCCGCCUGGUUCGGCCGCUUCUGGGCCGUCGCGGGCCCCAACUUGCGCCUCAACGGCGAGAAGAAUGUGGUCCCCCUCUUGCGGGGCCACGUCUCACACGGCCACAUCUCUGUUGACACCACCAACACCAACACCAACACCGCAAACACAGCCACAGAACAUCACCCAGCGGUGGCCGGCACGGUGAUAGAAGUCGGCCCCGGCUCGGGAAUGUGGACGUCCAUCUUCUCCCCGCGCUACCUGCCGGGGGUGAAGAAGGUGUACGGCGUGGAGCCGAACGCGGCAGUGCACGGCCUGCUGCGGCAGCAGAUUGCCGCGGCCGGGCUGGAGGGGACGUAUGAGGUGGUUCCCGUGGGGAUCGAGGACCUCGCGGCGAGCGGACGGGUGCCGCGCGAGAGUGUGGACUGCAUCGUCACCAUCAUGUGCCUGUGCAGCAUCCCCGAGCCGAGGUACAACAUCCAGCGGCUGUAUGGGUAUCUCAAGCCUGGGGGCAGGUGGUACGUCUAUGAGCAUGUCAAAUGCUUCGAGUCUCAAGGGCGGGGGAUCGGCAUGUAUCAAGCCUUCUUGAAUCUGUUCUGGCCCCAGUUCAUUGGCGGAUGCGAGAUGUGCCGCGACACUGGAAAGUGGCUCAGGGAGGCCGGCCCGUGGAGCGAGGUCGACCUGUGCCCGCUGAAGAGCGAGCCAUGGUACCACACUAUGCCUCAUAUCAUCGGCGUGCUCACCAAGUAGAGAGCCCUCGAGGCGUCUAGGGACUCGCCAGGUCCCCGUCGGGGAGCCUGUCUCAGAAGGAGGCCCCAUACAGCAGGCAACGAACACCCCAGGUCACGCGUAGCAAAGCAAGCAAUC